AACAGUCAAGGUAGAAGAACUCCACAUUCCACAAAAGCUAAAUGGUUGGGGUAUUUGCUUUAUGCCAACCCUUGUUUAUUCUUGGUACUAGUCUGCCUUUUCCAGAAAAAUUGAAGGUGAAGCUGAAGAAGGGCAGACAGUGCCACUAUGCGAAAGCGGUAUGGAACUCAGAUCAUAAGAAGCCUUUUACCGUGAACCUCAGUUCCACUAUUGAUGCACCUCUGUAUGAGUCCCCUGAGGUUUCAUUUGAUCAAUAUUUGGAGGAUGAACAAAGGGUUAUUAAAGCACUUUUUCCAGACAUGGAGGACCAGCAAAUUAGCAAGGAAGAGUGGAGGAUUCAAAUCCCAACCAUGCAAGUCUUGUUCCUGUCUAUCUACUUUGGAAUUUACAUCAAGUUAAGACUCAAAUCCAUGGGGAAAGACUACCCUCCUCAUGUUCCUCAUCACAUCCCCAAAAUCACUGAGCUUGAAACUACAAGAUGGGAACUUGGGGGGAUCCCUGAGGAGUACCAGCCGCGUGACUUGAGCUUCUCCUUCAACGGAACCAUAUAUCCUGAUAGAAAGCAAGGAACAAAAAGCAUACUUAGAGAGCCUUGCAGAAGCGGUUAGUGAUUCCAUGCCAUUUCCCGAAAACUGCAUAUGUACUUGAUGAUUUGAUGUAGAAAGGCCAAGUAAUCAUUUCAAGCGGAUUGACAUCGACUUUCUAUUGUUUUUCUAUGGUCAGCUGGUUAAGAAAGCGAUGGCGGAUUCGACCUCAAAUUCCAGAUUGGUAGAAGACUAUGAUGAAUUCAAGACGGAGAAACUCAAGAAUGUUGUUUAGUUAAGCAUUUGACAGGGUGAAUAUGUCUUGUUACCAAUAUAUCUCUCGAAGUUUAGAAUAAGUUAACAAUUUCCUAAUCAAUUAGGAAUGAACAUAGCCAAAGUACCAUGAUAAACAUUGAUGUGGA